GUUGGUCCUCCCCGCCGCGUUCUCCAUCGACUUCUAAGUCUGUGAAUCAGUUUUUUCUUGCAGAUUUCCCUUUCUCCUUAUCAUUUCCUUUGAAAUUUAACGUAGAUUUUUUGAAAUUUAUCUCAUUUUCCGGUCAAUCAAAGAAACUGCAUCGUAAGAUUUUGUGUUUUGAUGUAAUUAUUGGAAACGGUUUGUUUGGUUGCCCAGAAAAUUGGAGAAAACAACCGAGGUUCUGAGGUUGUAUUUCUGAUUAAUCCGUUUCAAAGCAUUCUGAUGAUCGAGUAAUUUGUUCCCUUUUGGGAUUGAUCUGCAGAAUCGGUGGAGGAGACGAAAUUUUUUCUCAAAUCACGGACCCCAUCCCUAACUUCAUCCGAAUCCGUGGAGGAGGAGAAGGAGUGUUCUCUGGAACCCAAAACCCUGUCCCUAACUUCAACGUUUAGUUUAAUUCGCGUUUACCUUUUACUUGAUCUUCUUUUUUCUCCCUUAUCCGUUUCAAAGGAUUCUGAUGAUCGAUUAAUUUUUUUUAAUUUUAUUUUCGGGAUUAAUAUGGAGAUUAGAACUGAACUCAGGGCGUGAACAAUCCAACAAAUGGAAGGAUUGUUUAAGCAACGCAUUCAACUUUGUUUAAGAAUUCAGCUAAUCCCAGAAGAAGAUCUUCAUCAAUUAUCACCCCCACAACUGCUUGAUUGAUGGUCAUCCUUCUUACCAAUUCCAAUUAUAUCACUUCCAUGAGAGAGCAAUUAUUUGGAGUCAAGUGGGUUUUCUUGCACGAAGUGUCGAUACACAAGGAGCAGCGUUUCUUCUUCUUCUUCUUACUUUUUAAUUAUUUUUUAUAUGCAUUGUGAUGGACUGUAUAAUUGGGACUUGAAUUGGACUGCUUUUUGGUUUGCUUUUAAUUUUAACACUAACAGGUCACUUCACGUAUACACACUUGACAUGGAGCUGAUUGGCUCUUGACAUGCAUGGCAAUUAAUGUCAUUACAUAGUUUAACUGUGGUUUGAGAAUCUGAGUUUAAGAAACAAUAUAGCCACUCAAGGAAUCAUAAUUCUUUAAAAUAACCUACUAGUAUUCAGUGUGUAGAUUGGAACUUUAUUGUGUUGAAAGAAUAUUUUUUGAUUGUGUAGUAAGGUUUGUUGAGAUCAGUCAGAUUAUAAUAUUUUCGGACAGACGUAACCUUUUACUGCAGAAAAGAUAUAUUGAUCUAAUCUCAUUUGAAACUUAGGGUCCGUUUGGUAUCAUUUUGGUUUUUAGGUUUUCAGCUUUCAAAUAUUGUCUUUUCAGGUUAUUUUACUUUUGACCAUUUUUUUGCCUUUUCUGAAUAUUUUUUCAAACAAUGUUUGAUAUUUUGAUGAAUUUAAAAAUCAGAGAACAAAAAAAAAAAAUUUUUUUGGCAAGUUGCGGAACUCUCUUUUCUUUCUUUCUUUCUUCUUCUUCUUCUUUUUAAUUGUUGGUACAUUCUUAAGAAACCAGAAACCAGAAA